CAUAAAUAUCAUUUCAUAGACAUUCAAGAGUUAAAAAGAUUUUAUGUUUAAUAUUUUUACAAAAUUGUCGAUAGUAAUUAUUUAAUUGUAAUAAUUUCCUUCGCUUGUAUACUAUAUGUACGUGUGUACAAUAUUUCACGUACCAAGUCUCUAUAAAACAACAACUUUUCUAACAAACGGUUUGGUAUCGUUAAGAUCAGGCAGAAAACAAAUUAGAAAAUUAAAUAACGUAAAACGUAACGUACAAAAUAACAGAUGCAUACAUGACAGCAAAUAAACAUAUAUAAUAAAAUUACAGAAUAUAUGGAAAUCAUAAAAAAGAUAUAAAUAUAAUAUAUGACACAUAAUAUGCAAAAGUUUUAUGUUCUGGUUGAUUUCAUGGACCACUGUGUUCAUUUAUUUUAUCAUGUUCAUCAGUUUGCUGUGGCAGUAAAAUUUCAACCAGGUAAUUUGAAAUACAGUAGAGCUCUCUUUAUUCGGAUAAUACUUUCAACAUAGAGCUACGUUAGUUCAACAUAGCGCUGCAAAGAGCUACGUUCCUUUUGAACUUUAAGCCAUUGAGACCACUUCUCGAAUGUCAACCAGUUCAUUACGUUAGUAUAUUCAACGUCUGUAAUUAUGGCUUCUCCAAUACCACGUAUUUUUGCUAAUUCUAUUAUACUUAUAUCACUUUUGAGUUUUUCUUUUGUUUCGAUAGCUGGAGCACUAUUAGUUUCACACUAGAAUCUUAUAAUCAUAUUUCACUGAGUCGAAUAAAGGAAAGAAUACGUUAGAAUACAUUGUACAUGAACGCUAAUAAAAUAUGUAUACAGUGCAUAUUUCAAACAGAAGAGGCAUCCGCUAUUAGGAAAUGUUAUGUUCGGAUAGUAAAUCGUUCUGCUAUCAGGAUAAUCGAAUAUUGGAUGCUUGAAAAAAUAGCGAGGGGGGUCUACUUAUACAGGGGUUUGGUUGCAGAAUCUUCAUGCUGAAAUAAAAUGAAAAUGAACAACAAAAAGAUUGCGUUUUGAUCUUUACACUAACGCGACGUUAUCUCAGAAAACUCAUCGAUUAUAGAUUAUUAGAAUGACAUAUCGGAAAUUUCCCUCCUUUUGCAGCCAUAAAUAAUUAACGAAUGAAGAGAACAUAUAAAAUAUAUUAAUACAGAUUUCAUAUGCGCACGUGUUCACGCAUGGUGACAGAAAAAUCACAUACGUAUUAAGUAUUCACGAGGAGCUACUAAAUGUGGACUAAUACCAUCUCGCAUGAACCACACACAUUUUCCACACAAAUUACUGAUCACUGCAUGUUAUAAUAUUCACAAGCAUAAGCAUGAAAUAAAAAAUGAAGACGUCAAAUGAAACUACAUACAGAUUGUUCAAACUUAUACUCGAAAUAUUAAUUACGAUAUCGUGUUAUGGAGUAGUGUGCAAUAAUACAAAUUAAUGUACAGUCGCAUGAGAAAUUGUAUUUACUGAGUCGCAUAGCUCUUGUAACGUUUUCCUUUUUUUGAUGAACGACUUCCCAUGUAGAAAAAUAUUUGUACGUCACACUGAAAGCAUCGUUGACAUAACGCAAUUAUUUGAUUCAUGUAAAACGAAACAAUAACUGUUGAAUUACGUAGAUUUCAUUAGAAGGUAAUAUAUAAAAAGAUCUCAACUAUAACCAAUACGGUAUAUUAUUUACAAAACGCUUCCAUUUACUGUUUGUCGGGAAUUUCAAUCUAUGGCAAAUAUUGGAACUGAAAGUGUGAAGAUCCUGUGACAUGGAUACAAUCAAUAAAGAAACGAAUGAAAAUGGGACCAAUGAAGGAUUGAAUAAGACGAAUUCGCUCGAGGAAUUCUAUGCCGGUAGCCGGAUCCUUGUGACUGGAGCAACCGGAUUCGUGGGAGUAGGUCUACUGGAAAAACUGAUGCGCGUGUGUCCACGCGUUGCUGCCAUUUUCAUACUAAUUCGCCCAAAAUCUAACGAAACGAUAGAACAACGAUUUGAGAAGAUUAUAGAUGAUCCUAUUUACGAUAACAUUAAAGCGAAACAUCCCUCGGUUUUGAGCAAAGUUUACCCCGUGGAAGGUGACGUGAGUCUGCCGCAUUUAGGUCUUUCGCGAGAAGAUAGAAAUUUGCUGUUAGAGAAAGUAAACAUAGUGUUUCACGUCGCGACCACUGUGAGAUUCGACGAGCCGUUACACGUGGCUGUUAAUGUGAAUACGAAGGAUACUGCUCGUGUGAUCGAACUUUGGAACGAUCUAAGGCACCGAAUUAGCUUCGUCCACGUUGGCACGGCUUAUAGUAAUGCGAAUCUACAUGAGAUCGGGGAAAAAGUUUAUACCACGUGCUUGAAACCUUCGGAGGUGAUCGAUAUGUGCGACAAAUUAGACAAGACGACCAUCAAUCAAAAGAGUAAUCAUGGAAGACGAGAUCCUCCCCAUCGAUUGAACGCUGUUGAUUGGAUUUUUACACCUACUGGCGUUUGUAGACAUCCUAAUUCAUACAUCCUAUGUCGGUAUUUACUUAUUGUUGGAUUGUUUCUAGGUCUGUUUCUUGAUAUUGUCGCCGCGUUUGACACAAUAGCGUCCUCUUGUUCCGCGUGAAACGGACUAUCCUGCUUUGACUCGAUUGUCAGGAGGCUGUUGCGCUCCGAAUUGGCCAGCCUUAAUUUUACUUUGUUCCUGGGGCGUAUCA